AGCAUCAGCGAGCAGCGAGCAGCGAGCAGCGCCAGUGCUCAGUGUACCGCGAGGCGCAGCCGCGAGCGCGCGCUGAUCUUGUGCUGCUGUACUGUGACUGUGACUCGCCAUGCUGAUGCUGUUAGCGGCGUGCGCGCUGCUCGCCCGAGGCUGCGCGGCGGGCUACGCGGGCAAGGAGCUGGGCGCGCUGUCCGAGCUGCACCACGGCGUGCGCGGGCGCGCCUUCGCCGUGGACUCGCGCACGCUGUUCCUGCAGCACUUCCACUACGACGGCGAGGGCCCCGCGGCGUACUUCUACGUGGGCACGUCCAAGACUCCGAGCGCGACAGGCGCGCUGCGACUGCGCGACGAGCGCGGCGGCGCGGGCCCGCUGCGGCGGUACCGCGGCGAGGGGGUGACGCUGUCGCUGCCAGAGGGCAAAACGCUGCGCGACGUGGCGUGGUUCGCCGUCUGGUGCGACGAGUACUCCAUCAACUUCGGCUCGGUGGAGAUCCCUCGCAAUCUGGAGUACCCCAAGCCGGCCAAGGUGGGGGCGCUGCGCGGGGUGCACGGGGUCUCCUCGGACCCCAUCGUGGUGGUGGACGCGCAGACACUGCUGGUGCCCAACUUCUCCUAUGAUGGAGAGGCUCCCGACGCCAAGUUCUGGGUGGGACGCGGGGACAAACCGUCACCGCAGGGAAUCCGCAUCCCCGACGAGAACGGCAAGGAGGCGCCGCUGCGCAAGUACGACCGCAAGACCGUCGUGCUCACUCUGCCCGGGGAGCUGACAGUGUUCGACAUCGGACACUUCGCGGUGUGGUGCGAGGCGUUCACCGUCAACUUCGGGCACGUGCCGCUGCCGCGCGCCGCGCUCGCCAACGUGCCGCCCAGCCUCAAGAUGCUCGGCGUCUCUCCGCAGAGCCGCAACAAGGCGCUGGCGGGCGAGCACGCGCCACCCCCCCGCUCCCGCGCCUCGCCCCGCAAGCCCCUCGCGCGCCUCGACGCCACCACCUACCGGCCGCACCUGCGCCCCGGCCCCCCCGCCGCGCAGGAGCAGGCGGCGCCGCACGCGCAGCAGCGCCGCGCCGACACCUACUCCCCGCCGCGCGAACAGCUCACCGGCGCCCCUUCCAAACAUGACCCUCCGUCCCGAGACCGACUCCCGCAGAGCGAGGACUACAGGGAACCUAUCCGAGAUGAUGACCAAGACAAUAGCCGACAAGUAGAACGACAACGUUAUGAGCAACAACAGCAGGAGAUCCAGCUGCAGAACUUUCGACGAACCCAAGAGAGUGUUCAACCAGUGAAUGAGCCCAACUAUCCACAACCGCAGUCAAGUCAACUCGAAAAGCAUAAUGAGCAACAUCAACCGUUAGAGCAACAGCGUUACAUUGAUCAGGCGCUUCAAAGUGAUAACCAACAGAAUCACAGCCAAAAUGAGCAAAAUCAAAAACUGGAACAACAACUUUACAAUCAACAAAUUUUAGCUCAACCAGAACAAGAGACAGUUUAUGAUCAAAAUCAACAAUUGGAGCAACAAUUAGAUUAUAUAAAUCAACACAUUCAAGCGCAUAUCCAGAGGAACCCUAAAGUAUAUUUGAACAAUCCUCAAAUUCAACAGAACAGUCAAUAUCAGUCGGAUCCGCAGAACCAGUUCCUGCGGACCGAUCAGGCGCUCUCGACGCAAGAUUUGCUGUAUCAGCAACAGCUGUUCGAGCAGCAGCGUCGCGCCUUAGAGCUGGAACUGCAGCGUUAUCGGGCUCAGCCGCAGCCGCAACCGCUGCAGUACCGUCUCCUGCCCUAUCAGUACGACCAGGUCGAGAAUCGGAGGACUCUCCGAAGGGUUGACCUUGACCUAGUUGAGAGUUCGGGGUCGAACUGAGCCGGUCGAUGAACGGUUGGGCAAGGCGCCGCGGUCGCCGACGUUGUGCAACCACCCAUCCUUUCAUCUCCACUCGAGACUGUGGUCGAACAAUAAUUUAGUUUCGACAUGUGUCGUUGGCCAAUCGAAAUAAACAAACUUAACCGGUGAAGCGUGCCCUUCUAAUACUCUAUAAUAUCUGCUCCUCUCACCGGACCUUGACGCGUCUGCACUUGAGGCCUGCCCAGAACAGCUUUUCGAAUCUUCCCAUGUUACGAGUGCUUUGCAUAUAUUUGCAUUUUAGAUGCGAGAACACUCGAACUGUUUCGAUGUUUGUGCAAUAUAUUGUUUACCUUCAAAUAUUUAUCGAUGCGUUGUUUUGUUUUUAAAAAAUGUGUAGAUUGAAGGUCCAGGUGAACAAAAUUUAAAGUUACUACAAGUAUAAAUAUAGACGACUUAAAGAGAUAGGCAAAAAUCUACUUAUUUUUCCAUAAAAUGCAGCGUUCUGUUUUUUGUGUGCCGAGAUUCCUUUUGUGAGUCGCGAUCUUUUGCCUUAAAUAUUAUCUUCAGCCGACAUUCUUAGUCUUUUUUCGAGAGACUGUUUUAUAACGAGCCAGUUUCAUUUUCAUUUUAAUAGAAUAAGUUUUCUACGAAUAUAAUUUCUUAUCUUUAAUAACAAUUUGUGAUAUUUUUAUACCACUUCUUCAUAAUAUAUAAUUUUAUUCAAUCGAUAAUGGUAAGAAAGAAAAACGUAUGUUUCUGUUACCGGUCAGUUCAUAAUUUUUCUCAUUAUUUUAUUAGUCGUAUGUUUUAUAUAAUAAUGAAUCUUUGAGUCGCGUUACGUUUAUAAUUAUAUCUAUUUAUAGUUCAUGUGCAAUAUCGUAUACUUUAGUAAAAUUACUCAUUUGGUCUGUGAUGUCCUCGCUGCUACAAACUCUAUUUUUGUUUUUAGCAUUAGUGUCGUGAAUAUAUAAUUAAGUUUUGCACAAAUUCGUACAAUUUUAGCAGCUGUGAUAAACGUUUUAGUGGUACUUAGAGCAAUAUUAAUUGCAUAUAUAUGUUCAAUUUUAUAUAUUUACUAUAUAAAUAUAAACAUUUGUGUAUGUAAUGGCCAGUAAAGAGCUUUAGGUAUAACUGUAACCACUAAGAUAAUGUAAAUGUUAUUUACUUGUACGGUGUUGAUAUGAUAUAUUACAUGUUAUCUUCCGCUGUCAGUUUCUUAAGUUUCUCGUUUUAUUGUAUAGUUAAUAUUUUAUACUUUUAUAUACAUAAACCAUUUACUGUCGUAAGCUAUUCAAAUACUCAUACAGUAAUAAAGCUUGCCAAAUAUAUCGACUUUAA